CAAAAUGGCAAGAUGGUCUGACGAUACUUUUCUUAGGAGAUGUCCCUAUUGUUACGCCGUGUGUGACUCACUGUUGGAAAUAAUCAUGAAAAAUGGAAGCACUGCUGGAAGCAGCCCUCAUUGCCGAAAACCAGCAGGUAGUGGUGAUCAGAGCAAGCCUAACUGCACCAAGGACAGCACAUCGAGUAGUGGUGAGAGCGGAAAAGGCUAUACCAAAGACCAAGUGGAUGGAGUGCUCAGCAUAAACAAAUGUAAAAACUACUAUGAAGUACUUGGAGUUACAAAAGAUGCUGGUGAUGAAGAUUUGAAAAGAGCUUAUAGAAAGCUUGCUUUGAAGUUUCAUCCAGAUAAAAACCAUGCACCUGGAGCAACAGAUGCUUUUAAAAAGAUUGGAAAUGCCUAUGCUGUUCUAAGUAAUCCAGAAAAACGAAAACAGUAUGACCUCACCGGCAAUGAGGAACAAGCCUGUAAUCACCAAAACAAUGGCAGAUUUAAUUUCCACAGAGGUUGUGAAGCUGAUAUCACUCCAGAAGACUUAUUCAAUAUAUUUUUUGGUGGUGGAUUUCCUUCAGGUAGUGUGCAUUCAUUUUCAAAUGGCCGUGCUGGCUAUAGCCAUCAACAUCAACAUCGACACAGUGGACAUGAAAGAGAAGAAGAAAGAGCAGAUGGAGGUUUUUCUGUGUUUAUCCAGCUGAUGCCCAUUAUUGUAUUGAUCCUGGUGUCAUUAUUAAGCCAACUGAUGGUCUCUAAUCCUCCUUAUUCCUUAUACCCCAGAUCUGGAUCAGGGCAAACAAUUAAAAUGCAGACUGAAAACCUGGGUGUUGUUUAUUAUGUCAACAAGGACUUUAAAAAUGAAUAUAAAGGAAUGUUACUACAAAAGGUAGAAAAAAGUGUAGAAGAAGAUUAUGUUACUAAUAUUCGAAAUAAUUGCUGGAAAGAAAGACAACAAAAAACAGACAUGCAGUAUGCCGCAAAAGUAUACCGUGAUGACCGACUCCGAAGAAAGGCAGAUGCUCUGAGCAUGGACAACUGUAAGGAACUGGAGCGGCUCACCAGUCUCUAUAAAGGAGGAUGAACUGGAAUUCAUGUUUAUACCUUUUAGUAUACUAUUUAUGGUUUCUGUAAAUUUAGUUUCAUCAUGAGAGCUGAAGAAAAAGAUUUGAUAUUAAAAACUACACUGAGUAGUUGGUUCCUGAAAUCUUGGACUGUUUAUGACCUACUGGCUUAUUUAAGUCAUAAGAACUGAAGACUAAAAUUAUUAAUAUUUCAGUAUGCAUCUGCAAUUAUUUUUCAUCUUAAAAGCUUCUAUGAUUCCUAACUAAAAAUGUCUUGAGAGGAUUCUCACACCUGUAGCACCAGUUUUAGUGAUUUCCCCAUUAUUUCCUACAUCAUGUAAAUAUUUAUGAAAUGAUUGUUUUGUGUACAAUACAGGAAUUGCCUUUUUAUUUAAAUUAUUUUAGUCUUUGGCUUCAUGAGACAUUUAUUUAAGUUGAUGGAAUACAUGCUGUAUGACCAAUUACAUUUUCCCUGUUAGGUAUUGAAUAUAUGGAAUUUAAAACAGUGAAACUUUUUCAAACAGAAAGAACAAAAAUCCCCAAACUGUUUUAAGUAAAAUCUUAUAGCAUUAUCUCCUUAGAAAAAAUGAUAUUUUACAUAUUACCAUUAUAUUCCAGAAUAUGUAUUGAGAUAAGUGAGCUGAGUAUGAGUUUGCUCUUUAGUUUCAUGAAUUGUUAAGCCAUAAUAGAAACAACAUUGCUAUACUUAUAGAUUUUCAAGAAAAUAUGAAGAUAACUAAAAGAGUUGUCAACAGAGAAUUAUAGUUAUGCCAUUUGCAAUUCCAUUAACUAAAUCUUAGCCCCAAAUGUUUCCUUACCAUGCCUUUGAAGGUUGCUAGAAUUUAUGAAGGAAAGAACUAACUUUCCCCCCAUGGAAAUUUGCAUUCCUUAGUGGCCAUUUAUGCAGGAUUCAAAAGCAAAUGGAUUCUUCUACAAAUAAGUAAUGAGAAAAUUAUAUAAGCAUACAGCUUUGUGCCUUUCAUUGCCGACUCCUAAAUAAAUAAGUAUAUUUAAUCACUUACUGAUCGGAGCAUGAUUGGUUUGGCCACAUGCAAGUGAGCAGUAAUAGUGACAUAGUAAGGCAUCCGUUAAAAAAAUCUGUUCUCCAGUGAGCAUUUCAGUUAACCUUAUAAUUAAAUCCAUAGAAUAAAUUAGGAAAAAAAAGACUAACAAGUCAAGAGUUUUUGGUGCCUAUAUAUUGGAUAUGAAACUAUUUGAUUUCUGUUGUUUAACCGUUGUAGUAUUUUAAUGUUUUUGCUUCAUACAGUGAAGAAACGUUAUUUUUGGUAAUUUUUUUUUGCAAGUGAGAAUAUGCUAGGUAUAGUGGCUUUGUUUUUUUGUUUAAAGAUUUUUUUCUAGGUCUCGUUGAUUCAUGGAAUAUGUUGAAUAAAACCACAGUAAUAAUAUUCUCUUAAAAAUGUUCUCUUCUAUCCCCUUUUCCAAGAAAGCCAAUAGAAAUGCUUAAGUCAGCAGCUGAAACUGAACUUCCUGUCCUAGAAAACCUGGACAGCUUUUCUUCAACCUAUAUAAGUUUUGUUUAUUUAAAAAUAAGUUUAUAGCAUUCUAACUAAUUUUGAAAGUUGGUAUGUUUCAGAAAGAUUUGAAUGAAAAAAAUUAUUCACCUUUCCAGUUUUAAUGGGGAAUUUGCACUGUUGUGGAUACUAACAAAAAUUAAACCUAUUGACUAUUUCUCCUUAAAUGCCAGUUUUAAGGGCAUAGGUGAACUUGAGUGAAAAUAAAUACACAUCAUAAUUGCAUACCUGGCUUUUGGACAGUAUUAUGUUUCAGGUUCAUUGCUACAUCCCAUUAUAUUUCAUAAUCUAUUCUAAGAAACGUGUUUGAUGAAAUAAAAAUGUCAGACUAUUGUGAGAAGUGAUUGAUUGAGUAUCUGACAAUUUAAGCCACAUAUAAAGUAUGCAAGUAAAGACUGAGUCCUUAAUGUCACCUAUGUCAUGGUGUAAUGGCCCAAUAAGGAUCUGAAUUUUAGGUUAAAAUUACAAAAGAAGACUUCAGAUAUCCUGAGAUAUAUGAUUCUCAUGUUUGCUCUUCUUUAAUAAGUUAAAAAACAAUCUCAGCAUUUUGCUGUUAUUUUCAGCUACAUGAACUUUAAAGUUUCAUUUGUUUAAUCACGGCUCAAAGCCCUUGAUUUAGCUUAUUAACUUAGUUCUCUAACUUGUAUUUUGUAAGUCUGGCAGCAGUUCUGUUCAUUAAUGCAUUAUAUUUUUAUCCCCAUGCACAUACACAACAAUACACACAACACAUACCACAAUGUACAAUAAAUAUACUACACAUCGCACAACACUAUUAUUAUUUCUAUAAGGGGGAAAAGCAAUAGUACCUUUUCUCCUCAUCUUUUGAUUUCUUUGUUCCCAGAUAGACUAGUAGUCAGUAGUCAAUCAUUUGCACAUUUUCAAAUUUGAUCAAAUAAAAUAAUUGAAUCUUCGGUAAUGAGAAAUUUCAAGUUAUUCAUUUAUUACUGAUCUAAGUGGAAAACCAUCUUUUGGGAACUGGUUGCAUUUGAGUGCCUAAGUGAUUCAAACCAUUGCAUACUUCUGUGUGUGAUUUGCAAAGCUUUGGUAGCAGAAAGUGCUGUCCUUAGGUAUAUGUCUGCCAGGGUAUUCAGUUACUCUGCUUCUGUGUCAACUCAGGUGUUCACAAGAACAGGAAUGUGGAAUGCCAGCCUUUAACUUUAAUUGCACUUUCAUGCUUAAUUUUUCUUCCUGUUCAACUUUUUCCACUAAUCUAUAAAAUAAAGAGAAAAAAAGAUGUGAUUUCCCUUAUAUGCUCAAUAUUUUAAAAUGCAGCUUUUUAACAUGUGACGUGCUAAUGUUACUUACUGUAUUCCUAUUUCAUUUUUUUUUAAAAAAUUGUCUGCCUUUUUAAAGCAGUGAAGACCUGAGAACCAAAUGAGCCAUCUUGUCCGUUAAACAAGUAUUAUCACAUAGGACCAGUGGUUAAAAGAGGAAAAUGUGUACAUUUAUUUAGCAUCUCCUGGAGCUUGGGUUCAGUGCUACCUGUAUUACUGUCCCUCUUCCUACUGCCUGAAGCAACGAACAGGACCAUCUGAGUAGAACUAAUUAAAAUAAACGAUAAAUAUUAAUUUUAAUCUUCAAAAAAUGGCUAAAACCUCCAGUGGCCACAUUGUACUAUCUAAAGUUCACAAAAUUCCUAUAGACUGGUAAAAAACAAAAGAAGUCUUGACAAGUACCUCCAAACUUUUUCAAACAACUAAAAAGUAGACAGAAUCUGGGCAUGGUAGUAAGACAUUUAUAAUAUCAGCACCUGGGAGGCUCAGGCAGAUGUGAGUUUGACUCCAGCCUGAUAAAUAGCAAGACUCUGUAUCAAAAAUAACAAAAAACAGGGCUGAAGGCAUAGCUCUGGUGGUACAGCCUAGCAUACGUGAGGUGGUGGGUUCAGUGCCCAGAACUAUGCUAAACAAAGUGGGAGGGUGAGGCUCUCAAGGAAUUCUUGCACACUCCUUUAAUAGACUGGCAGGUGAUAUGGUCCUAAAGUAGACUUCUUUGGUUUCAUUAUUAUUAAAUAGAUUCUUCCAUAUAAAUGGAAACAUCUUUCCUCAAAACAUUAAUUUAAAACAUACUCCUUAUAUUAAGGAUUAUGUGACCAUAUUUCUUUUGUAAAUUUCCCCUUGUGUAACUUUUUCCUGUUAUGUGAUUCCUUUUAUCUGCUGGUGUAGGGGCCAAUAGAUUUGUGAAUAUUCUGUGAUGUGUCCAUGUAUAAGUGUAUAUAUAUUUUUUCCAGCUAAUACCUCAGAUGUGUGAUUGUUUAAUAUAUACUACUGUAUUUGCACAGAGCAGGGCUUCCAUUAGUUAUUAGCUGUGGGUAUUUUUCUGAAUUUGAAAUCGGUUUAAAGAAUUUUAUUGGUGUGAAUUCUUUGUUGCUUUUUUUUCAUGCUUUAAUGCAGAUAUUCCGACUAGAAGGCCCAUCUUGACACAUAAUUAUAUCAUUUUCAAUCUAGCAAUCUGGAAAUAUGUAAGGAUAUGUGUUUCUUGAAAUGUUUAGUAAGCUGUUAAAAUUGGGGGUGACUGGUUGCUAAACUGUCUGGUAAUUUACAUAGCAGAUGACACCUGGCAUGGAUAGAGCAAGUCAGUCACUUCAGCACAAGACUGCACUUUCUAUAUACUGAUACUCAGCUUUGCCAUCUGAAGAUACCAUUAGAAUAGUGAGAUUUUUCAGCAACACUGAGAAAUUUUUAGUCAUUACUUUUGAAAUGAACUUUUUUAGUUGGCUGACUAUAAGAAGAAACAUAAUUGAUGUUUUGUAUUUAUGUUAAGUGCUUUUUUUUUGCUUUGCUUUUAGUUUAGAUUGCUGUGUAAACUCUCCAUUUAAAGUUUAAUAUUUAUGUUUUAAAAAGCUACAGGUAAUUUUCAAGGUGUGAUGGGACUUUAAUGGAAGCCUUGUAAAAGAUAAACUGAUGAAAGAGAUAUUACUUUGUCUAUAGUGCAUUAAAGAUUAUAUAAUUAGGUUUAAAAAUAAAGUGUCUGAUUUAUAAAAUAUUUAAGGUUAUAGCAGACUUACAUAAAAUAAAAUUUUCUGUGAACUCUUAAUGGAAAUGCAUUUGAUUUUUAAUGAAUGUUCUAAUGAAUGAUUUAUGAAUUUUUGUCUUUCAGUCUGUAGUUUAUCUCGGUAUAUUAAUAAAACAGCUUUGUUCUCAUCAUAA